CCCUCUGGGCCUCUCCCUAAAGCAAACCUUACAAGUCAGGCUCAAAAGACUGGGUAGAGGGUGACUUUCUCCUCAAGGGUGAGCUGUCUUCUAAGGGGAGCUCUGGGCAUGUCUUCUCCCCCUUCUGAAAGCCAUUGGCUGGGUGUGAAGAUCUUAGGGUAGGUCUGUGGAUGUCUACUUUGGCAUCUCAACUGCUUGGGGGUCUGUGCUGAAGCCAUGAGGUCUGAAACAUCUUGAUUUGAAGUGAAAUGAAUCCUAAUUUUGUGCGGAUGGGGGCCUUGCUUCCCUAAAACAUUAUGGUUUCUUUAAGACUCUCAACUUGGGAAGGAACCACAGGGGAACGAAUCUUUGAAAGAAUUGAGCAAGAGCCCCUGACCUAGCAACCAAGACUGCAUCUGACCCGACCAUGUACCCCAAUCCUCUCAUCUACUGCACCUGCUUGGACCCCUGGAACUUGGGGCCACGGAAGCUAAUCAAGACCCCUCAUCCACUUCCAAAGACCUCCACAGGGAAGCCUAAGCAAGCUCUUCCUACACCAGUUUCAAGAGAACGCAACUACCUCCUGUCCCAACCAAUAAAACCUGUUGUUUCCCCAAAAGACAAAGCCCAGACAGGAAAACCAGAGGAGAGCAGCAAACUCCUCUCUACCCAGGAAGUGAUUGACGUGUCACCUGGCUAUAAACUCAUUCGAAAUCGAGAACAGAUUUCGGUCACCUUGGGAGACGAGAUGUUCAAUAGGAAAAAGCACACGGAAUUGGAUGUUUUGAACAAAAUCAAGUUUUCCAGGACUGAUAUCAUUUCUGACCUUGAGGAGCAGAUCUCCGAGCUGACAGCUAUAAUAGAACAAAUGAACAGAGACCACCAGUCUGCCCAGAAACUGCUCUCCAACGAGAUGGAUCUCCGCUGCACUGAGAUGAAACAGAAGUUUGAAAAUGAGAUCAGGGAUCUCAAAAAGGCUCACAAAGAGGAGCUUGAGAAGUUAGAGAGCAGCUAUAAAGACAUGCUGAAGGUGGAGAAGGCUGCUGCCCAGGAGAAACUAGAGGAGAUGAGCAAAGAAUACAAGUAUCUGAAGAAUAUGUUUCACAUGUAUCAGGAUAGCAUUUAUGACGAAAUGGAAGAUAAGUGGUCAAAGCGGAAGGCAGAAUGGGAGAAGGAUGAGAAGCUGGAGCGAGAAAAGAUCCUGCUACAACAAAAACAUAGGAUAACAAAAAAGUUUGAGUUAGAGUCAGAAGAAGAAAAGAAGAAAAUGAAUGAAUCCUUCAGUGCUGUCUUUGAGAACUUCAAUCGAGAGAAAGAGGAGCUCAUCAAACAACAUGAUGAAGAUGUCUUGCAAAUUCAGGAGCUGAAAAAAUCCAAGGAGAUCCUGGAGGCUGAGCUGCGGGCACAGACUAUCGUUCUGGAGACACUUAACACGAACCUCUACCACUGCCAGCUGGAGCUCCAGAGAGAGAAAACUAUAUUGGGAAAUCUGGAGAAGCUGUUCCAGACGAAGCUUGCUGAGACUGAAGAAAAGUAUAAGUAUACCAUACAGACCCUGACAGAAGAAAACACCUGCCUCAGGCAACAGAUCGCGACCAAGAGUGAGGAAAUGUCUGAAGAAAGAUCUGAGAAGUCAGCCUUCACCAUUCCUUAUGUGCAUGAGCCCGACUCUGCCUAACACAACAGCAACAAGAAGCAAGCACCGUAGAUAACACUGUGCUCCCUGGCUGGACCCGCAGCAACGCUGCCCGCAGAGCCGCGAGGCUUUCUGGAGAGAUGCAGAUGAGUUGUUCUGCCUUUAUUUUUGUCUUUUUUACAAUUUGCUUUCUCCAGAAUUCUUACCUCAAUUACAUGGUGACUCUCUAUGAAAAUGUAAUUUUCUCUGUCCUGUUCUGUGGGCCAUGUACUAUAUUUUUUUCUGCUUUUUAUAUAUUUUGAUCAGAUACUGGUUUGAAGGGACUUCUUAUUAAAUGAUGCAUUUUUGA